UCACCAGAAUCACUAGGUCGCUGUCCAGCUCCUUUGAGAGACGGACGUCAAGUUGGUUGGCAUCAUUUGGUGUGACAGUGAUGGAGUGGGUGGGGGAGGUGACUUCUGCUACACCAUCUGCUCCUUCCACUGUCAGGCGGAACCACGACACCGCCGAUACCGUACCACUCUUCACCUGCUCCUCUUCUCCUGCUGGGACUGGUGCCAGCGGAUCAGUGGAGCCCGUGGGGGUGUAACGAGGCUUGAGGGUGGACGGAAGAGAAAAGCGA